AUGGAGCCCCUCGCCCAGAAGUUAGACCACCUAUCCAUCACCUCCCAACCCUCCCACCCAUCAACCUCCUCGUCCUCCUCCUCCUUAUCGUCCAUCCCAGCAUGGAUCCUCUCAUGCUUUGCCGCCAGAGACCGAGCAGCUUUUGCCGCAGCCGACAACAAACAUGAAAACCACGAUGACCAAAUGGAAAUCGAUUCUCACCCAUACCAUCCUCCUUCGCUCCCCAAAAACACCGUCUUCAACCACUCCUCAUCCGGAUCUUCCACCGAAUUCACAGACGCCGUCUGGGGCCGCGUCUUCAACCACCGCCGCGAUUACUCCCUCACCCCGCACGUACACGCCGUCGUCCGUCCGCGCUCCGUCGCCGAAGUAAUAGCCGCCGUUUCCUACGCCAAGGUCACAGGCAAGCGCGUAAGUGUGCGAAGCGGCGGCCACAGUUGGGCGGCGUGGAGCGUGAGGGGGGAUGCGGUGUUGGUUGAUUUAUGUGAGUUGGGGUUGUCGGAUGGGCUUCCUUCUUUAAGAGAGGGACAUGGACAUCAUGGGCAUCAUGGUGCGUAUGGGCAGACGGAGGAGUUGGUGAAGGAUGCGGACCAAAGAGGACCGGCGGAGGCGUGUGUUUGGUAUGAUGAAGAGUCGGAAGUGGUGGCGUGUCCGCCGGCGAUGACGGGAAGGGAACUUAAUGAUUUCUUGGCCGAAAAGGGGAGGAUGUUUGCGGGAGGACAUUGCCCUGAUGUUGGGCUGGGAGGGUUUUUGUUGCAAGGGGGGAUGGGGUGGAAUUGUAAGAACUGGGGCUGGGCAUGUGAAUCCGUCAUCAGCAUGGAAGUCGUGACAGCCGACGGUCAACACUUGCUCAUCAACAACGACUCCCACCCGGAUCUCUUCUGGGCCGCACGCGGAGCAGGUCCCGGAUUCCCAGCCAUCGUCACUCGCUUUUACCUCCUCACUCGACCGCUUAUGGAGAUGUACCAGAGCUUGUACUUCUACCCCGUCUCUCUCUUCAAGAAAGUUCUUCAGUGGGAAAUCAACAUCGCACCAACCUGCGACCCAGGCAUGGAAAUAGUCUGCGUCUCCACGCACCUGCGUUCCAAUCCCAAUCCAACCGACACCAACCCCAACUCCAACCCCAGCCCCGAGCCAAAAGACUACGACCCCGAGCCCACCAUCCUCGCCUCCUUCACCCUCUUCACCACCUCCCGCUCCGCCGCCCUCGCCGCCCUGCAACCCAUCCACGACCUGCACCCGCCCGGAACCAAACACCUGAUUUUCUGCCAACCCACCUCCUUAACGCAAGAAUACACCCAACAAUUGCUAGCCAACCCUGAGGGACACAGGUAUUGCUCUGAUAACGCUUAUAUCGCUAGUGACCUGUCGUCAUCAUCGCCGACUACUUCACCCCCGUCCGAACUUUCCGAGGUUUUUGGAGCGUCUUCUUCCGGCUUUCAUGAUCAUGAACAAGGGGCAGCGGCAUUAUCCGUCCCCGACGUCCUCGAAAAGGCAUUCACAACCCUCCCAACAGUGCAAUCCAGCGCGCUGUGGUUCUCUAUGAACCCCCGCUCUCGCCAUCCCCUCCUCGAUCCACAAGGACAGCCAAUGGCCCUAUCCAUGCAGUCGGAUCAUUACUUUGCCGUAUACACCGUUUGGUCGGACCCGCGAGAUGAUGAGCGGUGUACCGGGUGGGUUAAGGAUGUUUUUAAGGGUCUUGUUGAGAAAAGAGAGGCGGUGUUGGUGGGGAGUUACUUGGGCGAUGCAGAUUUCCGGGUGAGGAGGGCGAGGUUUUGGAGUGAUGAGUGUGCGAAACGACUAAAGGAGGUUAGGAAGGUGUGGGAUGGGGAGGGGAGGAUGGGUGGGUUUUGUGAGGAUAAGGAGGGGAAUGAUAGGGUGAUGGACAAUGGGGAGGGGUGGGUUUGA